AUGGGCGCCGCACUUUGCUGCUGCUCUGACCCCGUCGAUCUUGACGGCGAGGUCGACCUCUACCACUUCGACCUCCUCCGCGCCGUCGGCAAAGGCGCCUUUGGCAAGGUUCGCGUCGUCGAACACAAGAAGACGAAGAAGCUUUAUGCUCUCAAGUACAUAGACAAGGCAAGGUGCAUCAAGCAGAAGGCGGUCGCGAACAUCAUACAGGAGCGGAGGUUACUGGAGGAGAUCGACCAUCCGUUUGUUGUCAAUCUGCGCUAUGCAUUCCAGGACGACGAGAACUGUUUCUUCGUGCUGGACCUCAUGCUAGGAGGCGACCUGCGAUUCCAUUUGGAUCGACUGGGUCGCAUACAGGAGGAUGUCGUGCGGUUCUGGACAGCAGAGCUGUCGUCCGCGCUGUCGUACCUCCACAGACAAGGUAUCGUGCACAGGGACAUCAAACCCGACAACGUGCUGCUUGACUCCAUGGGCCACGUCCACAUAACGGACUUCAACGUCGCCAUCCACUACUCCGAACGACGCCUGCAUACAAGCGUGGCUGGGAGUAUGGCCUACAUGGCCCCGGAGGUCAUCGGACACAAGGGCUACACUUGGUCUGUCGACUGGUGGAGCCUCGGUGUCGUCGUCUGGGAACUGUUGUUUCACAGACGUCCGUUUGAUGGCCGGACCGCUGACAAGAUGAAGCACUCCAUCAUGAAAGACGCUCUCCGGUUUCCCAGCAAGGCCAACGAGCUCUGCAGUGCAGAGGGUCAAGACGUACUACGCGGGCUCCUGGACAGGAAUACCAAGACGCGUCUGGGAUGCAAGGGCAGGGGCCGUGAUAUUCCCGACAUCAGGGAACACCCGUGGUUCGCGUCCAUUGAUUGGGAUGCGCUCGAGCAAAAAGAUGCACAACCGCCUUUCGUGCCUGAUAUCAGCAAGGCCAAUUUCGACAAACCACUUACACACUCGAAACGCAAGGCGCAUCCCGACCUUGAGAAGAUGAAGCCCGAGUUGCGACAGCUUGAAGAACAAUUCACGAUAUACGACUUCACGAAGAGCCGGCGAAUGUCGUAUUACCCGCAUAAUCAGCCGAUCACGAGCGCAGGGCACGAAGCAGAUGCAGAGGCUGUCGAGGUCACUCAGUCGACGACAAACACAGUGCAGCCAACGGCCACCAUUGUCGAGCGAUCGCGACCGGGCACGCCGUUCGAGGAGCAGGAUGCAUCGGGACGCGAGACACCCUAUCCCAUGCCUCAAUCGCACUGA